AUGGCUCGUCAUCUGAAUGAGGUUGCCAGAGACCUCAUCCACGGGUUGAACUGUUAUUGCUGCCCAAGUAGCUCAGACAAAGAGCGAAGCCCCAUUGAGCUCGGCCCUGUACCGCCCACUCUUCCAGAAGAGAGACCUGCCGCCGAGGAGGCAGCAGCCGUACAGAGAGAAGCGGUAGAGGCCACAAAGAGUCUCACAGGUGAAGGGAGCUCUUCAGCUGGGAGACGUGCUCUAAUUGAGGAUAUAACUCCACCCGCUCUACGAAUAACGAUCCAAUCCAUCGAUUUCAGUGAGUUUCAAGAAUGGGGAGCACGGAUCCGCCGCUGGAUAGACGAUCCUCAAGAACCCAACUGUCAUAUUACCAAAUCAACACUAACCUGGCAGCAGCUCGCGGAUAAAGGAUUUACAUUCCGCCGGGGGGAAAGGACGAGCCUGGGUGAUAUAGAUCCCGAUAAAGUGGACAUAACUAUUCCAGGUAACGUAUCUCGCUUCUAUGCCGGCUCAAAUGACGAUAUCACUUGCACAUGGGAUGGAUUUACUGCCGAAGGAGCAAUUGCCCUCUGCACCAUCAAGAGACAAAAGGGCUGCAUUGCGCCGCCAAUAUCCCAGGUCACCCAAGCUCUAUAUACCAGGGACCAUGCGAUCGAUGGGUUGAGAUAUGUUUUUGUGAGAACCGUGGUUAAUCAAGAAACACUUGACUUCGUUCAACUUGAGCUCUAUACCGAGGCUUAUGGGUUAGAGUGGCCGAGUUGGGUUCCACGGGCUUGGGACAUUGGCACACCACAGUGUGAUGCUUUGUUGGGGACAAGGAUUGGUAAGGUGGUUGGGUACCUUAUACUGGGUGCGUUUGAUCGUGGGACUAGACGGAUCAAACGGAUUUAUACUUGGCCUUCGAUGUCCGGGAGUUCGGUCAACUUUCGCUUUGAUCUUGAGGUUAUUGGCUGA